AAUAAUGGCGUUAUUGAAGAUAAUAUCAGGGAUGAGAUGAUAUUAUAUGAGGAUUCCAAUGAAUGGGUAGAAAGAGGAUAUAUUAUACGGAAAUCAAUUCCCGUUUUAUUGGCAUAUCUAUUAUUAUUUUCAUUACAGUUGAUUAGUGUAAUAUCACUAGGUCACUUGGGUUCAACAGAGCUGGCCGCUUCAACACUGGCUUCAAUGGUUUCUUUUAUAACAUAUGUAUCAGUUAUGUAUGGUGCUGCGACAGCUCUUGAUACUCUAUGUUCGCAAGCUUAUACAUCUGGUAACAUGAAAAUGGUUGGGGUAUAUUUACAACGUGCCAUUAUCAUAAAUUUGUUAGGAUUUAUCCCGAUCGCUUGUAUUUGGUGGGAAUCAGAAAAGAUCUUAAUCUUUUUUCGUCAACCUCCCGAAAUUUCUGCACAAGCUGCUUUAUUUCUUAGAUAUUUAUUGAUUGGAGCACCUGCAUAUUUGAUGUUUGUAAAUUUGGAGAGAUAUUUACUAGCUCAAGUUUGGUAUAAACCACUAUCCCUUGGUUUUAUUGGGGCACCUAUUUCCACAGCUAUUACCUAUUGGUUUAUGUUUUUCUUUCUUGUCAUUUAUACUAAAUUCAUUAAUGGAUAUCAAGCCUGGGGUGGAUGGUCACGUGCUGCAUUUCAUGGUUGGAAACCUAUCCUUACAUUAAUGAUUCCUGGUAUCUUUAUGGUCUGUGCGGAGUGGUGGGCAAUUGAACUUAUAUCUUUUCUUGCUGGAUAUCUUGGUGAGCUUUCACUUGCAUCCCAGGGUAUAAUAUCUACUACAAUUACUAUUUUAUAUCAAUUACCAUAUGGAGUCUCCAUAGCAGCAUCAAAUCGUGUUGGAAAUUUAUUGGGUGCUGGUUUAGUAGAAAGGGCCAAAAUGGCUUCAAAACUUUCUAUGCAAAUCGCUAUUAUUGUUGGUUUAUUUAAUGCAGCCAUCUUGAUAGGUUUCAAGGAUAUUUUGGGAUACAUAUUCACUUUUGAUGAUGAUGUAGUCAUAUAUACUUCUUAUGUCUUACCAUUGGUUGGCAUUUUUGCGAUAACUGAUAGUAUGAACGCAAACGGAUAUGGUAUUCUUCGUGGGCAAGGCCGCCAAUAUAUUGCCGCAAUUUUUAACACCCCUGGAUACUUCUUUGUAGGAACACCUAUUAGUAUACUUGCAGCUUUUAGUUUAGGAUAUGGAUUACAAGGUCUUUGGUUCGGAGUGAUGACAUGUUCAUUUAUGGAUUGUAAAAGGCGAAUGAAAGAAGACAGAGAUAAAAUUGAAUCUAUGAUUAGCAAUGACCCUGAUUUUUAA